UUACAAACAUAUCUUCCUAUGCAUGAGAUCUACAAACUACAAGAACUAAUCAAUGGUUUUUCAUCUUCUGGAGAUACAUUAGAAACAUAAAUAUGGUACCAAAAGAAGAACUUAUCUUUCUCUGACUACCCAUUAUUUGAUUAUACUUCUAUAUUGAAGAGAAGUAUCCACACUGAAGCUGCUUGUACUGACUGUCGAGUAAGAUCAUGGACCAUCCUAGUAGGGAAAAGGAUGAACGGCAACGGACAUCUAAACCCAUGGCACAAAGAAGUGCACAUUGUUCUCGACCAUCAGGCUCAACAUCCUCUGGGGUUCUUAUGGUGGGACCCAACUUCAGGGUUGGCAAGAAGAUAGGGUGUGGGAACUUCGGAGAACUCAGAUUAGGUAAAAAUCUCUACACCAAUGAAUAUGUAGCUAUCAAACUGGAACCAAUAAAAUCACGUGCUCCACAACUUCAUUUAGAGUACAGGUUUUAUAAACAGCUCGGCAGUACAGGUGACGGUCUCCCACAGGUAUAUUACUUUGGACCAUGUGGGAAAUACAAUGCCAUGGUGCUGGAGCUCCUCGGGCCUAGCUUGGAGGACUUGUUUGACCUCUGUGACCGAACUUUUACUUUGAAGACUGUGUUAAUGAUAGCCAUCCAGUUGCUUUCUCGAAUGGAAUAUGUGCACUCAAAGAAUCUCAUUUACCGAGAUGUGAAGCCAGAGAACUUCCUGAUUGGCCGACAAGGCAAUAAGAAAGAGCAUAUUAUACACAUUAUAGACUUUGGGCUGGCCAAGGAAUAUAUUGAUCCUGAAACCAAAAAGCAUAUACCUUAUAGGGAACAUAAAAGUUUAACUGGAACUGCAAGAUAUAUGUCUAUCAACACGCAUCUUGGCAAAGAGCAAAGCCGGCGGGAUGAUUUGGAAGCCCUAGGCCAUAUGUUCAUGUACUUCCUUCGAGGCAGCCUACCCUGGCAAGGACUGAAGGCUGAUACAUUAAAAGAGAGGUAUCAAAAAAUUGGUGACACCAAAAGGAAUACUCCCAUUGAAGCUCUCUGUGAAAACUUUCCAGAGGAGAUGGCAACCUACCUGAGGUAUGUCCGGCGAUUAGACUUCUUUGAAAAACCUGACUAUGAGUAUUUACGGACCCUUUUCACAGACCUCUUUGAAAGAAAAGGCUACACUUAUGACUAUGCCUAUGAUUGGGUUGGAAGGCCUAUUCCCACUCCCGUUGGGUCAGUUCAUGUAGAUUCUGGUACCUCUGCAAUAACUCGAGACAGCCACACACAUCGGGAGCGGCCAUCACAGCAACCUCUUAGAAAUCAGACUGCAUCGUCAGAGCGUCGAGGAGAGUGGGAAAUCCAGCCAAGCCGGCAGACCAAUACUUCGUACCUGACAUCUCACUUGGCUGCAGAUCGCCAUGGGGGAUCAGUGCAGGUGGUUAGCUCAACUAAUGGAGAGCUGAAUGUGGAUGACCCCACGGGAGCCCACUCAAAUGCACCAAUCACAGCUCAUGCCGAGGUGGAGGUACUGGAGGAAGCUAAGUGCUGCUGUUUCUUUAAGAGAAAAAGGAAGAAGGCUGCUCAGCGCCACAAGUGAUCAGUGCCUCCCUGGAGUCCUCAGGCCCUGGGGACUCUGACUCUUUGCACCUGCAACUCCUGCCAUUUCUCACUGGAAGGGACUCCUCUGUGGGGGAGGGUGGAGAUCCAAACCAAAAAGAAGAGUUCCCCCCUGGAGGAGCCUGCAUAGGCAGCCAGUGCCCUCUGGUCAGUGCCUGUCCCCACCUGCCUAAGGCUCUGAGCUGGGCCCAGGGCUUCUCCACUGCUCGCCCUGGGGGCUGCCUGGUUGGUCCUCCUUCCUAUUGUUUACAGUGAAGGUGUCAUUCACAAAAACUCAAGGACUACUACUCUUCUCUUCCUUCUGCUUAGUUGACUUCUGGCUCUUGCCCCAACCUCCACUGGCUCCAGCCUUACAGCUAGUACUUUUGAGGCUGGUCUGCUGAAGGGGUCUGGGAAGUGGAGGCUGUG